CAAUUAGUCUAUAGCCUAGGCUACGCUACGAAGUACAGAUACUCCUUUGCAUUAGGCCUAUACCUGAUGCAAAAGCAAGGUGGUAAAAACUAACUAGAACUGGAGAAACAGGAAACAAUAUAUUUUACAUAGGCCUAUUUUGCGGAUGCUUAAUUUUCAAAUUCAAAAAUCGCAGUUGUCUAUUCUUUGGUGUCGCAUUGACCAGCAGGGGGACAGCAGUGAGCAUCAGUGGGACUGAAUAGAGGCAGUCAAACUGCAUGUGGCCAGCAUUAACUCGGGUCACUGCCUCACAGAAGUUGAAGUGACCAUUCCCCCCGAAGCCUUUCACGACGCUCAGUGGAUAUUGGCGCGUCACCGUGGUCCAUCCUGCUGGACCGAAGACUAUGAUGCUGAUGAAUAGAUACAGAAUAUGUGGACUUUCAUUUAUGCUUUAUCUUGAAUCUUGAAAGAUAUUUGAUGUUUAAUGUCUCCGCAGAGACUUUCUUUCAUUUAGACUCAUGGGCGACAUAUUAUUCAUCAUAAUUUUGUGAAUGAUCUUUGAUCUUUGAACAACAUACCCUGUAUCUGAUAGUAGGAAGAUACCAAGAAUAAUUAGCCAUGAUCAUUACAGCAGCUGGGGUUUUGUAGACAUUACAUUCAGAGGAGAUUUAGCACCCAAAGCAAAGAUUGACAAUGACAGAUCAACAGCUUUUUGAAGUUUGUCAUAUGACCAAUGGCACAGAUGGAGGCUAUAUGUCCACUCAUAAUGCGACAUUUCCAUGCCUAGGCUAUGGGACGUCUGCCCUCAGCUCCUUGCAUAACCCUCCAGUAUCUCCACACUUUGCUCAGGACACCCUCAAAUCCCCCAUCACCCCUUGCAAUGACCUUUCACCCAUGGUAGAAAUGCCCAAACCAGGAGGGGCUUGGCUCAGUAAUCACUUGGGUAGAACCACCUCCAACCCAUGGAUGUCAUCUCCUCAGAGUGAUGGAGUAGAUGCCGGAAACCAAGUCAACCAGCAUCCCAGGAUGUAUCCAUUUUCUUCCUUUUCACUUAUGAACCCGGAGAUGUCUUCCAAACCACAUGGGGGUGGCCUUCAGAGACUGGACCCAUUCACCCAGGCAUUCCCCAACCAAAACCUGGGUGUUCUGCGAAGCAACAGCCUCAGCACCGAUAACGGCAGCCCCAGUGGUAUGGAGGAUAGCCCCAUGUUACUGUCGCCCCAAGCCGUGUCACCCAUCAACCACGUGCUGUUCAGCCAGUCAACAAACUGCUUCAACCAACUGCUAAUGAACUCGGGGCAGCCCCAACAGAGUCACCAGCCUGCGGACCAGAUCACCAGCCCACUUCUUGGACGGCCGCAGACCCAAUAUGGCUACCAGGCACAGCAACAGGCAGGGCAUGUAACUGAUGGCCAGCAGGUAUACCAGAGCCAGCAGCACUCUCAGCAGCCCAGCCAGAGCCUCCCCAGACCACGUUUCCUGUCCCUGGCACAACACCAUCAGUCAGUCCACCCCCAGCUCCAAGGAUCGUACCUUCAGACCAACGAGAGGGAGGCCCAGGACCCUCAUCCUCCUCCGUCCCCUCAGUCUUUCUACUAUGGGCAGAACUGCAAGGGUCCAGACCAGCAGAUCUCCUUUACGAGCACCACACAUCAGCCUCCCGCACUCUUCCAAGAUAGCCAGUCCUAUCUGCACUUACCUUCUCAUCACAACAGCUGCCAGCAACCACAAGCUCAGGUGCUGGCGGACUACCAGCAUGCUCUGAGCUCUAAGCAUCACCAGUUUGACAGACAGAACUCUGGGAGUUUGAGUUCUCCCACCAUACAGGGACUCUGCGGCAGCCCUCUUGACAGGGUUACUUGUGUAGACUACAACUCAACUCACAACCAGAGGGACUCCAGCUACUGUUGCCUACCUCCUCACCAUCCCAUGCCAAGCAGGAGGGAACUCCAGCAAUCCCAGCCUUCAGCUGCCAUGCAGUGGCCUCCGAUGGCUGGAGGAACUGGUUUCCUACAAGACCCUGUCUCUCCACAUUGCAUGCCUCGCGUAGAGACGACCCAGCGGAAAGUGACUGGUACCAAACUGAGGUGCACUGUGUGUCAGCGAGAGUUCAAGAGCCUGCCAGCACUAAACGGCCAUAUGCGCUCCCACGGAGGCUUUAAAACACAGCCCUCAACAACCAGAAUGAAAGAGGAGACUCAUGAGCUCCAUCCUGAGGUCACAUCUCCUGUUCCAAUGGUCAUGCCAGUGUCUGUGCCUGUCAAGGCCCCACCAGUGCCAAUCAGGUUCUCUUCCACUCCUCAGUUCUCUGAUAUGGGCAGAGACCCAGAAGAUCUGACCGGGCUGUACCCACACGCUGUGUGUAGCCAAAGGCCCAUGCCCCCAUCUACCUCCACCCAUCUCCCCCUACUUCAAACCCCUGCCCCUGAGCUACAGAGAGACUCCUGUGAGGAAGAGGACACGAAGCCCGAGAGGAAGAAGCUCCAACACCGCCUGCUGCCUCUCUUCAUCCCCUCCCCAAGUCCCUUCCCUGUGGCCAGAGGAGCCGUCCUGUUCCUGAGCCAGCUCCGCUCCCCAGGACCCGAGGAGGGCGUUCCCUACACGCCGCCACCGAUGCUUAGCCCCAUCCGCCCGGGCUCCGGCCUCUUCAGCAGCGUGUGUGGGGUAGACGUCCAGAGCUCAGGGGCACCCAUUCCCACUCGAGUGCACCUCUGCAAGACUGCUGACCGUCCUUUACUCAAUGAUGACUUAGAUGGGAGCAUUCAUAGUGAAACUCCAGGCCAAGGGACACUUGUCCGCAUUGAGCCACGCAUCAACAUUGGAGAUUGUUUUCAAGCAGACAUUCCAUGUUUACUCAGCAAGUCAGAAGUGACCAAAGUCCCACACAAGGCCACCCUGGUGUGGUCCUCUUGGAAUGAUCUGGGCAUUCCCUGUGAGCAGCAGAAAGUGGAUGACUUGCUACGGCUGGCCUGCUGCAGUGUUCUCCCCGGGGGAGGAACAAACACAGAACUGGCCCUUCACUGUCUGUUCCAGUGCAAAGGAGACAUCAUGGCAACCGUUGAGAAUCUCCUGAUGUUGGACCCGUCAAGAGCUGCGUUUCAGCCUAUUACCGACUAUCAUUAUGCAGGUUCCGAUAAGUGGACAAUGCAAGAGAGGAGGCAGCUCAACAAGGCGCUGGACAAACACCAUAAAGACUUCUUUCUGGUCCAGAAAAUGGUACGGGCGAAGACUGUAGCUCAGUGCGUGGAGUUCUACUACACGUGGAAGCGGAGAUCUCGUGGAGGCAGGCGUCUUAACGUUGGCCUUACUACCCCGGUGACAGAGAAUGAGGUGAACUGGGAGGUUUGCAGGCUGGCCCUGAUGAAGCGUAGUGGCCUGGACAAGAAAAGCUCCACUGACUUUGCAGACUGCUCAGACUGCCUGGCAACAUCUCUAGGCUAUGAGGAGCUCAGCAAAAUUUCUAUCCUGGAUGGGUACGGUGAGACACUGAGUCCAGUUGGGAGGCGCUCCAGGCCCCCAGCAGAGAGGGGCCUUCCCCAGUCCGGCCAGCACCUGGCUCCAGCCUCAGUGAAGAGUUCACCAGCUCACAGCACCACCAGCGGAGACACCGACACUACGCUCGCCUUCCCCUGCAGAGAGUGUGGGAAGGUCUUCUUCAAGGUCAAAAGUCGUAAUGCUCACAUGAAGACUCAUCGACAGCAGGAGGUGCCACUGUGCUGGCCGAUCCAGAUGCAGAGACCCCUAGAGGACAGCCUGGAUAUGACACCUGCAAGCCCAUACAAAACUCCCCCCCAACGGCUCCUGUAAUCUGGCAAUCACAUCAAUGGACCUCAGGGUCCCCAGAUUAAGGAUGUGAACUUGCACAGGGAUGAAGUUCAACAUCUGAACACACAUGUGAUACAAGCCGAUUCACUGGGGUGAAAAAUAUAUGAGGGAGAACAAAAGUGUGAUGGAGCUUCAAUUGUGAUUAAAGAACCUGAAAGUAGAGUGAUUUUGACAUGUAGCCUAAUGGCAGAGGAUCCUAAGGAGCCCCUACAGGGACACAAACAAAAAUGUUUUCAAGUUGCUGGUGCGCACCAGACACUUUCGUAUGCACACCGAAACCUUCUCAUGCUCACCAGAAACUCAUAGCCCUUAAGAGGACAUGGGCGAACAUAGUUGUCAGUUUCUAGUGCGCACCAGAUAGUUUCCCAUGCUCACCAGAAAUUUGACACUUUGUUUAGGGGCUCCGUUGGAUCCUUCCCCAAAGUGAUGGAAUAACAAUUGGCUUGACAGUGGUAACAUUUCUGGUGGAUAGGCUUUUCUUUUUGUUGUACAGACUUAAACUGUAGCUACUGCAGUGUAAUUGCUUUGCCAUUUAAGUAUUCUGGAAAUAAGAUUGGUAAUGACAGAUAUUAGCACUUUCAGAAAGUGAUGGAAUAACAAUUGGUUUGAAAGUGGUAACAUAUUUAUGGUGGACAUUUUCUCUUUUUUUGUACAAACUCAAACUGUAGUUACUGCAGUGUAAAUGCUUUGAGUGCUCUGGGAAAUAUGCCUCUGUUGCAUUUAAGUCUCCUGAAUGAGAUUGGUAAUGCCAGAUAUUUGCACUUUCAGAAAUCCAGAUGUCAGUGGGAUAACAUGCUUGUGCUUGUGCUUCUUGUUGCUUGGAGGCUAAGUGUACAUUAAUAUAUUGUUUAAAAUGUCUGAUAACACUGAAGAGUGCUCGAUCAAACUUUAGAGUGCCUCCUUUGUCCUUAAACUGUGCUGUUACAGUGACAUUUUUUAAAUAUUCAUUCAAUUUAACCUUCUCCCUGAUUGUGUACUAAAUGAAAGCUCAUCACAAGUUCCCAAUGAUAUAAUGGUAUGCAAUAAUAUGAGUAUGAGCUGGAAUCUUCUUUCUAGAUGAUCAGAGUGUGUUCUCAAACAUUGUUGUUUAGCCUAUGCACAGUAAUGGUUUAGAAUGGGUAUUGGCCACAUACCCAACUAUUACUACCAAUGAACACAUUGCGUGUGAUGAGCUCAAAUAUCAGCAACGUAUUGCCAGGAUCAAGGACUGCUCCUUCAUCGUCAUAAAAAUUCAAAAUAAAAGCACUUUUGAACAAAACCACUAGAUGGUGAUGGAGUAGGCCUAGGCCUACCCUUACUUAUGGCCACAGAUAGAAGGCAUGGAGGUAUUCAGGUUGUGGGUCUGAUUUUUUUUUUUUUUUGACACACAAUAUGUAUAAGGAAUAUUAUUCCUCCUCAGGUUACUUUUUCCAAGUUGAAUGCAGUCGUGUUGUUUUAUAAAUAAUUUUCCAAAUAAAGUUUA